AUGGCAGCUCCAAAAUCAAAAACAACUCCAAUAUUCCCAAACACCACAACUGGCAGCGACAAACAGCAAUCUUCAUCAACCAAACCACCACAACUGCAGCACAAACAGCAUCUUACCUUCCCAACCAACCAACUACAACUGUCAGCCUCAAAAUACAACUCCAAUAUUAACCCCCUCCCACAACUUGCAGACACAAACAGCAUCCUCCAUCCAAACCAAACCACAACAACUGCAACACAAACAGUAUAUCCAUCACCAACCUCCACAACUGCAUCACAAACAGUAUCUCCAUCAUCAACCAACACAACUGCAAAAGAAACAGUAUCUCCAUCAUCAACCAACACAGCUGCAGCACAAACAGCAUCUCCAUCACCAACCACCACAAAUGCACCACAAACAGCAUCUCCAUCACCACACAAUACAACAGCAAGUCAAACAACAAUCCAAAUAUUAACCACCACAGCUACAGAGCAUACAUCACCUCCAAUCACCACAACUGCAACUAAAACAACAACUCCAGCUUUAACCACCAAAUCUGAAGCACAAACCGCAUCUCUAUUAUCAACAAACACAACAGUUGCUCAAACAACAACUACAGUAUUAACUACCACAACUACAGUACACAUACAAACGGCAUCUCAAUCACCAACCACCAAAACUGCAACCCAAACAAUAACUCCAAUACCCACCACGACUGGUGCACAAAGAACAAUGAUGACCUCAGCACAAACCACAUCAACUUCGGAGUCUACAAGCACAACUCGGGUAGCAACCCUAGCAACUACUGCACCUUCUACAGUUACUCAUGCACCAACUACAACAACUCUGUCACCAUCCAGAACAGUUUUGUUGCCUUCUACUACUCUCUCCCAAUUAACAGGUUUAGACACAAACAGUUCACCCGAUGAGGUUGAGUGCAUGACUGACUUGUUGACGGAAAUCAAGACGCAGUUGGCAAACGGAUCAAUCACUGUUGAGGAGAGUGAGAUUGACAGUCUCUUAGCUCAAAUCAAAAGUACCACCAGCGCAAUGGAAGCUGUGAUCGCCAGUUUGGAAACGCUGAUAUCAGCCACAGCAUCCACAACACCAGUAUCAACACAGGCACCAACCACAACCACUCCAGUACAAACCACAACUCAAGCUCCAACCACACAAACUCCAUCACCAACCUCUAAAACUCCAGCACCAACUACCACUUCAGUUUCCAUCACUGUACCUCAGUCAUCGACCACUACAAUGUCAUCACCAAUGCCUACUGCUCCAUCAUUGAACAUAACAACUCCAUCACAAACAACAAUUACUUCAUCAACAACUAUAACUUUAGCUCCAACCACAAAAACAAAAUCACCAACCAAAACUCCCUUACCAACUACAAAUCGAGCUCCAAUCACAACUCCAUCACCAACUACUCUAGCUCAAACCACAACAACAUUAUCACAAACUUCAGCUCUAACUCCAUCAUCAACCACAAAAACUCGCUCAUCAACUUCAACUCUAACUCCAACACCAACCACAAUAACUCCCUCAACAACUUCAACUCUAACUCCAACACCAACCACAAUAACUCCCUCAACAACUUCAACUCUAUCUCCAACCACCUCAAGUCCAUCACCAACCACAAAAUCUCCCUCAAAAAUUUCAACUCUAACUCCAUCAUCAGCCAUAAAAACUCCCUCAAGAACUUCAACUCUAACUCCAUCACCAACCACAAUAAUUCCCUCAACAACUUCUACUCUAUCUCCAACCACCUCAACUCCAUCACCAACCACAAAAACUCCCUCAACAACUCAUCUAACCUCUAUCACACCACAAAAAACGCCCCUCAACACUAACUCUAAUCUCAACCACUCAACAUCACAACCACAAAAAUCCCUAAAUAACCUUCAACUCUAUCCAAAUCAACCACACAAAAACUCUCUCAACCCAAACCUCAACUCUACCUCCCUAAUCAAUCACGUAUUGCUUGGGCAUCUCCUGUUAUAA